CCCAAUCCCAAAUCCCGAUUUUCCCUCUCCCAGAAUUCCGGAGGAUGAGCGGCUCCAGCUCCGCGGGCUCGGAUCCCGAAUUCCCGGCGGCUCCGGGCGGGCAGGAGCUCCCGGGCUCGGAUCCGGAGCCGUUUGCGGAAUUCCUGUGGAUGGAGAACGAGGAGGAUUUCGAUCGCCAGGUGCAGGAGGAGCUGCGGGAGCAGGAAUUCCUGGAUCGCUGCCUGCAGGAGAUGCUGGAGGAGGAGGAGCAGCGGGAUUGGUUCAUUCCCGAGCGGGAUCUGAAAUCCGGACCCGAGCGGAGCCAGGAGAUCCUGAGCAAAAGCUCCCUGAACCCGGACGCCAAGGAAUUCAUUCCCGGAGUGAAAUAUUGACCGGGAAGAGCCGGCAGAGACUGAUCCCGAUCCAGGGAAAAUCCGGGAAAAGCCGGGAAAAGCCGGGAAAAUCCGGGAGAGGCUCCGGCUCCCGGGAUCGGAUCCGGAUCCGAACGUUUUGGGGAUUUUUUCCCGUUUUUUUGGGGUUUUUAUUGGAGUUUUUGGGGUUUUU